CACCGCGUGCUUCUUCCUUUUUCCCGUAUUUCUUGUUAUUCUUUCUUUCUUUCUGGAAAUUACUACUCGAGACACAACAGACAUUGGCCAUACUGAAAUUACUGAUACACGCUGAGAUCUCCGGCUUCCCCUAUCGGAAAAGAGCCACUCACCUCCACCGCCGCCGCCGCCGACAGCGAUGGGUUCUUUGCCGGCGUCGUCGUCGGACCACCACUUCCCACAUUCUCCUCCCAAACAGCCCCAAUCCCUCAUUGACCCCAAUGAACUCCUCAACCUCUUCAAGUCUCAGCAGGACCACCUCAACUUCUUCUUCCGCAACCUCGACCUCUCCCAAACCCUAGCCUUCACCCAAACUCUCCUCAACUGCCGCGGCACUAUCUUCUUCUCCGGCGUCGGCAAGUCCGGCUUCGUCGCCCGCAAGAUCUCCCAGACUCUCGUCUCCCUCGCCGUCCGCUCUGGCUUCCUCUCCCCCGUCGACGCCCUCCACGGUGACAUCGGCAUUCUCACCGCCAACGACAUCCUCGUCCUCUUCAGCAAGUCCGGCAACACCGACGAGCUCCUCAGGCUCGUCCCCUGCGCCAAGGCCAAAGGCGCUUUACUGAUCUCCGUCACAUCCGUCCAGGGGAACGCCCUCGCCGCCGCGUGCGACAUGAACGUGCAUUUGCCGCUGCAGAGGGAGCUCUGCCCCUUCGAUCUUGCGCCGGUCACCUCGACCGCUAUCCAGAUGGUUUUCGGCGACACGGUGGCGAUCGCGCUCAUGGAGGCCAGGAAUUUGACCAGGGAGGAGUACGCCUGUAAUCACCCCGCCGGUCGGAUCGGCAAAAGCCUCAUCUUCAAGGUGAGAGAUGUUAUGAAGAAGCAAGAUGAGCUACCUGUGUGCAAGGAGACAGAUUUAAUAAUGGAUCAGCUUGUUGAGCUAACAAGUAAAGGAUGUGGUUGCCUGCUUGUCAUAGACGGAGACUAUCAUUUGAUCGGCACAUUUACAGAUGGCGAUCUGCGUCGUACUCUCAAGGCAAGUGGGGAAGGCAUCUUCAAGCUCACUGUCGGAGAAAUGUGCAACAGGAACCCAAGAAUCAUUGGUCCAGAUGCAAUGGCGGUCGAGGCAAUGAAAAAGAUGGAAGCUCCACCAUCCCCUGUGCAGUUCUUGCCCGUCAUCGAUGAUCAAAACAAAUUGAUCGGUAUUGUCACGUUGCAUGGAUUAGUUUCAGCUGGCCUUUAAAUUUUAACGCGUGAGCAAUUUUUUCACCAUACAUGUAAUAUGUAUUGGUUUGUAUUCAUUGGAGUUAAUUCUUUUGUACCAGUUAUUGUUAUAACUUAUCCCGUAGUUUGGGAUCAUGUAGUAGAUUCACUCAACUAUAAUAUAAAGUUGAAUAAAGAUUUUUAUUUAUA